GACUUUUUGGUUCAGUUGUGAAGGGGGAGAGAGAUUAUUCAAACUCUACAAAGGCACAGAUCAAGGGAGAGAUUAGAUGGGGAGGGCUCCUUGUUGUGACAAAGCCAAUGUGAAAAAAGGGCCAUGGUCUCCUGAAGAGGAUUCUCAGCUCAAACACUACAUAGAGACAUAUGGGACUGGUGGCAAUUGGAUUGCCCUUCCUCAGAAAGCUGGUCUGAGAAGAUGUGGGAAAAGCUGCAGAUUGAGAUGGCUUAAUUAUCUGAGGCCCAACAUUAAACAUGGUGAAUUCUCGGCUGAGGAAGACAGAAUCAUCUGCACCCUCUUUGCCACCAUUGGAAGCAGAUGGUCAAUUAUUGCUGCUCAGUUGCCAGGCAGGACAGAUAAUGAUAUAAAGAACUAUUGGAACACCAAACUGAAGAAGAAACUUAUGGGAAUGAUGGCAUCUCCUCCUCCUUCUACUAUUCCUCCACAGAUUAUUAAAAAAACUCAAUCUUUGAUCUCACCCUCCCACCAAAACGCCCCGUUUCAUCCCCAGAGCAACAAUAUUUUCAACCCAUCAUCACCAUCCCCUUCAAUCCCAUUUAAUUACCAUUCCAACCCCAUUUCUGGGAGCUGUAAUUUGGCCACCUACCCAUUUGGCUUUGACCACCCCUACGAACAAACCCUAAAAAGCAAUCACCAAUUCCAAUAUUGCACUUCAUCUGGCGGUGGUGGACAUGGAUACAGUCCCAAAAUGGGGGUUGAAUUUGGAAGUGGGUUAGUUUCCUCAAAUGGGUUUGAAGGGAAUAAUCAAGGGAAGUUGAUGAAUAAUUAUGGGGAUGGUAACUUUGGGGAAAAUUAUGAUAAGUGGGUAAUUAGUCACAGUAACAGUAGCAGUAAUAAUAAUGGGAUGAUGAUGUUGAACGUGGAGGAGCAGAAGAAGUACUGUUAUUACUACUGAUGGGGGUUUGAUUCUGACCACUGACUGUAAGUAAAAAUCAAGGAAGAUUUGAUGGGGUAUGGGAGAGAAUUCAGAGAAAUGGCUUGCUUUUAUUUCCAGAUCUAUUGGGGUUUCUAUGUUUUUUCUUUUUUUUUUUUUUUUGGUUGGGAAUUGGGAUGAAAAGAAAUGGGCUUGUUUCCUUCCUAUAUAAAAUUUAAUGGUACUUUUUUUUUUAAUUUUAAA